UUGGAUCGGGGGAGUGGAGGCGUGAGUAAUGGGGGUAGAGUGGUUGUUGGUAUGCCAUGGGUUGGUGACCACGGUGGUGGUUGUGUCAUUCCUGUGUGGUCGAUGGCCAAUCUUUGAGGGCACUUUCAUUCAACGCAUACACUCCUUCCUUACUUACGGCGCAUACGAUUACUUCUUGCGUUUCGUUGGCGCUGUUUUUGGCUCCAAGUGUACGGAUGCGGUUCUCUCUGUCGAAUAUUACUGCUGCGAUCGUCCCAAUCCUCUUCUACAGAUCAUAUAUCUUGCCAUAAUCAGCGUAACAUAUUUUUUCAUUGCCAAGACUUUGUUUGCCCAUAUACCUGGAUACUAUUUGAGUGAAAUUCACAGGUACACAAGCUUCGUGGCAGUUGCUGUUGGAAUUCUGCUCUUUCUUUUGACCAGCUUUUCUGAUCCCGGGACAAUAAAGCCUGAGAAUGUUUCUGAUUAUCUUUCUGCUUAUCCCUACGAUAAUAUCAUUUUUGAAGAGAAAGAAUGUUCCACUUGCAAAAUUCCAAGACCUGCUAGGUCAAAGCACUGCAGCAUUUGUGAUCGCUGUGUUGCACGAUUUGAUCAUCACUGUGGAUGGAUGAAUAAUUGCAUUGGGGAGAGAAACACCCGGUAUUUCAUGGCCUUUCUUUUAUGGCAUUUCCUCUUAUGCUUGUAUGGAACAGUUGCCAUUGGCUUGGUUCUUGCUGGACGACUAAAAGAAUUAAGAGUUACCUAUAUUUUGACUGUUUAUUAUGGAAUAGAAAAUUCUUUUCUGGAUUUAGCUCCUCAUGUUGUACAGUGGUUGUUGGGAUCCUACAACACUCAGAUACUUCUUAUGGUGUUCCUUGCAAUUGUUGGGAUGCUCUUAGUUGGUUUCUUUGGUUAUCAUUCAAAGCUUUGCCUUAGUAACACUACCACUAAUGAGACCUUUAAGUGGCAAGAGUACAUGGACUGGCAAAGGAAGCUAAAAGAAGCAAAGGUCAGUGCUGCAGCCCUAAAACAAAGUAUCAGUGGAAUAACCAGUGAAAAGCAGCCCUUGUUAAGCAAGUGGAGAGCCUUGUUUCGAAGAUCACCUCUAGAAGAUGUUAUAGUUGUUAAGAAUAAUGUUUACGAUAAAGGUUUCUUUCACAAUAUUCAGGAGGUUAUUUCCCCUCUCUCUACAAGGCGGUCCUUUACACAAACCAAAUUGAAGUCCGGCUGAGUAUGCUCUAAACGUACGUGUUUUUCUAGUUAUUGAAGGUCUUGGUAGGUAGUUGCACAUAAAUUGAGCUCAGGACUAGUUGUAGAAUGAGAAUUGAUUGUUUGAUAGAGCUUGUGUCUGUUGUGUCGUACUAUUUCCUAUUAGCAAAAGUAGAAAGGUGUUAAUACUCAGUUUGUAGGUUAAAUAUUUGAAGAGGUAGGAUAUUCAUAUUAUUAUUUUUUCCUACUACCACUCCACUCUAUUGGGUUCAAAAGUUGUUUUUUUUUUUUUUUCUCUUUUCAUUCAACUUUUUCAUUCAACUUUUUCUCUAAUCCAAUGGUGAUUACAGUGGUAGUAGAAAAAAGUGAUAAUAUGAAUAUCCUACCUCAUAUUUUUUUUUUUAAUUUUUUUGCUAAUAAAAAUGUUGUCUUGAUAAAAUAAUUUCGGAUUUCUACAAAUAACUUGCUCUGAGGAUGUUUGCACCCGUGUUAGGAUGGGCUUUAUGGGCUCAACUGAUAAGAAAGGUUGGUC